AUGUCAGGAGGUAAAGGAAAAGUACACGGAGGUAAAGGUAAAUCCUCAGAAAUUGCCAGAUCUUCAACAUCUCAUUCUGCAAGAGCAGGUUUACAAUUUCCUGUUGGUAGAGUUAAGCGAUACUUGAAGAAGAGUGCUCAAAACAAGAUUCGUGUUGGUUCUAAAGCGGCAAUUUAUUUAACUGCAGUAUUGGAGUAUUUAACUGCUGAAGUAUUGGAAUUGGCAGGUAAUGCUGCCAAGGAUUUAAAAGUCAAGAGAAUUACUCCUAGACAUUUACAAUUGGCCAUUCGUGGUGAUGAAGAAUUGGAUAAUUUGAUCAAGGCUACUAUUGCCUAUGGUGGUGUAUUGCCACAUAUUAAUAAAGCGUUAUUGUUGAAAGUGGAGAAGAAAAAGAAUAGCAAGUGA